AUGUUCAGAACACCUUUCAGUCGCCGCCCACCCAAGGCACAACGAAUUCAACUUGCCAAUCUCCCUAAAGAAAUCUUAAUUCACGUUCUCUCAUACCUCUCAUCAUGGGAUUAUCUCUCCCUGGCCCACACAUCCCACGGCUACCGGACCUUCAUCAACUGCAACGCCAACGAUAUCUGCCUCGCAGCCAUGACAAACCAGCCGGAAUGCUCGACCUACCCAAUCUCCAUCACAGUCGACGAUCGCAGAUGUUUCUACUGCCUUCGUCUAGGCCUCGUCCUCUUAAAGAAAAGAUUCCGCGCCUUCCAGCAUACCCCAAGAUUGUGGAAACCCAAGCCGCUUCCGGUAUUCAUUUUGUAUCUCGAGGAGAAUAGCCGAUGUCUUGAGCCGAGAGUGGCGAGUGCAUAUGCAAGGCACAUACUUGGAGAGCUAAUUGAGAUUAGAUGGAUGGAUAUUGGAGGGUUAACCCAUCGGAGGAAGAAGGGGGUGAAGACUGUCACUCUUCACUUGGAGGAGAAUUCGAUUUUAACGAGUAGAUGGUUCAAGGUUUGGGUAGAUGGGCCUUUAAUGUUGAAGCCCUCGGAAGAUUAA